UCAACCUGGUUGUGUUACAGUCUCUGGUACUCGUCUAACCAGUUUGUUGAAACUGUGCUCUGUGAACACGUCAAGACGAUGCCACGGUGUUUAAGCAGCAGUCUGCAGCUGGCUAUUUACUUCAUGUUGGUACUUUCAACAUACAGAACAAAUGGUCAAUGUGAACUUCAGAUGACAGGGAAAUUGAAGAUCAGAUCUGUCACUUUUAGAAAUAUUGACUUCAAGUUGUGCCAACUUGAAUGCAUCCAAGAUUCCUUCGUUUUCGCGUCCUGUCGUCAAUCAAUUGAUGAAUCCAAGGAGAAGACGGGCGUACCCAGUGGCCGUCCAAAGAGUCAUCCCCAUGUCCAGACUAAUCCCUGUGGAUACGAGGUCUGCAAUCUGACUUCCCGAUCUGUGAUGGUUGGAUGUGAAAACGUCUGUCUGGAAGUACCUUCGUCCUGCGACCUCCAUAGUGCCUCCGAGGAGGGAGACCUGUCAAGGGUGGAAGUCAUCUUGUCCCAGGGAGGGACGGACAUUAAUUGUAAAGACAAGAUUGGUAGGACACCGGUGAUGUGGGCAGCUGGCAAUGGACAUAAAGAGGUGGUUGAGUUACUUGUGAGUAAAGGAGCUAAGGUGUCAAUUGUCGAUAGAUUCGGUAACAACAUCCUUCACUCCGCCGGUCGGGGAGGAGAUGUAGAGGUUGUGCAGUAUGUCCUUUCACAUGACAUGGUAGAUAUCAAUGGUAGAGGAAGUUGCAGGAGAACACCGGUGAUGCUGGCUGCAGAGAAAGGACAUAUAGAAAUUGUUAAGCUACUUGUGGAUAAAGGUGGUGACAUGUCACUCGUGGAUAAAGGACAUGAGAACAUCCUUCACUUGGCCUGUUUAUGUGGACAGAUAGAGGUUGUGAAGUAUGUCCUCUCACAGGACAUAGUUGACAUCAACUGCAGAGGACGGAAGACGAAGACACCUGUUAUGCUGGCAGCAAGAAACGGACACAAAGAGGUGGUAGAGAUACUCGUAAAAAAAGGAGCUGAUUUGUCACUAGCAUAUAAUGCUGCUGGCAGCAACGUCCUUCACUUGGCCUGUUUUAAUGGCCAUGUGGAUGUGGUGAAGUAUUUGCUCUCACAGGGCACAGUAAACAUCAACAGCAGAGGAUGGAGGAAGCGAACACCGGUGAUGAGGGCAGCAGGAAACGGACAGAAAGAAGUAGUAGAGUUACUCGUAAAACAAGGAGCUGAUUUGUCACUAGCAUAUAAUACUGCUGGUAGCAACGUCCUUCACUUGGCCUGUUUUAAAGGCCAUGUGGAUGUGGUAAAGUAUUUGCUCUCACAGGACAUAGUGGACAUCAACAGCAGAGGAUUGAAGAAGCGAACACCGGUGAUGCUGGCAGCAGAAAAGGGACAUAAAGAAGUAGUAGAGUUACUCGUAAAUAAAGGAGCUGAUGCGUCACUCGUGGAUAAUAGAGGUAACAACAUCCUUCACUUAGCCUGUCUGAUGGGACAGAUGGAGGUGGUGAAGUAUAUCGUCUCCAAAGUUAUUGUGGACGUCAACGCCAAGAACAAGAAACGUAAAACAGCAGCCAACAUAGCAUCAUCACAGGGACGAGGAGACUUGAUGGAUCUUCUUGUGUCACAUGGUGCUCACACGUCCUAGGUGAAACGUUUGUACAGACAUUCAUAUUCUUACCGACAUUGACAAAUUGUAUACAAUCAGACAUACCAUCAUGCUACAGACCAUUAAUGUGUGGAAUGUAUAGACAUUGGCGUGUUGAAUGCAUGUACGUGUUACAACAUUGACAUGUUUAAUAUAUUCAUGUUGUUACAGA